AUGGCGACUUCACAAUGUGAAAAACAUGACCCGAGCUCAAGCAGAAACGAGAGAAGAGCCAGCAUGAUGUCUCCUUUAGAAUUUUCCGAGCUGAGUAUUGUUCUGGUGGGGAAGACAGGAGCAGGGAAGAGUGCAUCAGGAAACACCAUCCUGGGGAGAACUGAGUUCAAAGUAGAUUUUGCUGCAGAGUCUGUGACCAAACAAUGUGAUAGGAGCAGUGAGACAGAGAUGAGCAUUGCAGUCAUUGACACCCCUGGUCUGUUUGACACUCAACUCCCAGAGUCUUCAGUGAGGACCCAACUGGUGGAGUGCAUCGCCCUCUCCUCUCCUGGACCCCAUGUCUUCCUGCUUGUUGUUGCUCUUGGUCGUUUUACAGACGAAGACCACACCCCUGUUGCAAGGAUCAGGAACAUCUUUGGAGAAGCAGCAGUGAGACACACCAUGAUUCUCUUCACCCAUGGAGACACACUGGAGAAAAAGAAGAAAAGCAUUGAGGACUUUAUCCAGGCGGCUGGUGAAGGUCUGCAGCAGCUUGUUGAGACUUGUGGAAACAGACACCACGUCUUCAACAAUGAGAACACAGACGACCGUGAGCAAGUAAAGCAGAUGAUGGACAAAGUAACAGCCAUGGUGAAAGAGAAUGAAGGGAGCUGUUACACCAAUGACAUGUACCAAAAAGUGGAGAGAGCCAUCCAGAGGAGAGAGGAAGAACUGAAACGAGGGUACAAAAAAUACCUGAAAGAGAAGGAAGAUCUGGAGUCACAAUUAGAGCGAGCAAUGAAGGCACUGGAUCUGAAAGACUCUUAUUUACAAGAAAAACAGAAAGAGAUAGAUGACCUGCAGGGACAAGUGAAACGGAUUAGAGAGGACAAAGACCUGCUAAAAAAGAAGAAACAGAGAGUCGGAGAGAAGGCAGAAAAAGACUUUGACAAUAAAAAUAUUGUUGUUGAAUUCGCUAGAAAAUCUGCUGAACGCUGUAACACACACUGAUGUUCUACACAAACAUGUUGUAAAAGAACAGAGCCUGUUGGGA